AAUGAUGUCUUGUAAUUCUUUUAAUCCCCCUCCUUACAAAUCCACCCUAUAAAUACCUCACCAUAUCAAUACAUUCUUCAUCAUCAGAAAUCAACACAUUUCUCUAAUUAGCAAAUAUUGCACUAGCUUUGAGAUCAAGAUGGCGAAGUCACUUGCCCUCUUUAUAGUAUUCAAUGUCCUUUUUUUCACUGUUGUUAGUGCAUGCAACACUUGUCCUGGCCUUAAACCAAAACCAAAGCCAACACCAAGCCCUUCACCUAAUUCACAAGGCAAAUGCCCAACUGAUGCCUUAAAAUUAGGUGUUUGUGCUAACGUGCUUAAUGGUUUACUGAAUGUAACACUUGGAACUCCACCUGUUAAACCAUGCUGCAGUCUUAUUGAAAAUCUUGUGGAUUUGGAGGCUGCAGUAUGCCUUUGCACUGCACUUAAGACUAAUAUUUUGGGGAUUAACCUUAAUCUCCCUAUUUCACUUAGCUUACUUCUCAAUGUUUGCAGUAAGGAUGCACCAAAGGGCUUCACUUGUCCCUAAAUGAUUUGCACCCUUUUCUUCAUUAUUUUUGAAGUUGCUUCUGGAUUUUCAUUUUUUUAAUUGUUCCCCAUUACUCAUGGGGUUAAUUUGAUUCGGAUUUUUCAUUGUUGGAAUUAAUUAGCGCCAGUUGCGCUAUUUGUUUGUAUG